UCACUUCUUCUUCGCGUCAGACAUCAUCCUCUUCUUCAGUCAGUUCUUUUUGGCAUCUUAAUCGAUAUAACUCCCCCUCACACCCUAAAAAACCGAAGACCUCCACUUUCUCAUCUUAAUUCCUCACUCAAUUGCUCUAAUUGAUUGAUAUUAAUGGCUAACCCCACAAUUCCUCUCCCAGAAUCCUAUAAAGAACAGUUUCCUACAAAUCUCACCACCCACAAACACGUUUGCAAUCACUCCAACGAAUUUGAUCAUGGCAUCUCAAUCUAUCCGUCUCUCUGCCCAGCAAAAGAGUUUCCACCUUCUCAACAAAAUUGAAGGAGAUUUCUGCAACCAUGAAAUCAUUGCUCGGUUGGUUCAGAGGCCAGAAAUUUCAAAAAAGGAAACAUACUCAUGGGUCUUCAACUCCUGCUCAUCGACUCCGAGUCAAACACAGUUCAAGGCUUCAUCCCAGCAAACCGUAUGUUCCGCUACGAAGACAACCUCCAGGCGAACUCAGUUUACAGGUUGAACAAGUUCAUGGUGACCGAUUGCAAAGCCCUUUACAAAGUCUCUGACCACCGGAAAAGCAUUCUUUUCAUCGACCAGACAACCAUGACUGAGUUGGUUGAGGAAAACCAUCAAAUAGAUCACCAGAAAUUCCGAAUCAGGUCUGUCAAUGAUUUCGCAGCAAUCGUCGACACCGACACUGAUCUAUUUGAUGUCAUUGGACAGCUUCGCCUCAUCAGUGGUGACAAUCUCCGAUCUCCUACCACAUUGGAAACAGCUCCCCAAGUGAUUGGCACCAGAGCAAAAGACAGACUUUUCCUGCACUUGCUUAUGAAAGACGGUGAGACCAUUCGCAUUUAUUUGUGGGACAAAAUUGCGGCCCAAUUCCGGGAGCGAUGGAACAGCAACCAGAACCAACCAACUGUCCUCCUCCUCACCACUGUCAACCCCAGAACAAUAGGCGGUGCUGUAACUUUGAGCUCCACAACAUCUACACGCCUGUUCUUCGACACAGACCUUCCUGAAACUGAAGCAUUCAUGACAUGGUUAGGUGAAGGUAGAGAAAACUUGCCAACUGUCACCAGCUCCAGCUCUGCUAUUACCAAACUGGAAACAGUCACUCUCAAAGAAAUCAACACGUUCAUCCAGAAUGAAAUCCCACAGAUCGCCAGUUUCUAUUGCUUUGCAACACCUACUGAGGUACUUGAGCAAUAUGGGUGGUACUACAUCUCCUGCCGCUGCAAAACAAAACUAGGGAAGACUGAAACAUCAUUAUACUGUCCAAAUUGCAAAAAAACCAACAAUGUUGGUAUAAUCAGGUACCGUUUUGAGAUUUCAGUCAGAGAUGAAAACAAUGACGUCGCAACGUUUGUCAUCUUUGACGACGAUGGCAAAAAGAUUGCAGGAAGAAAUGCAACAUAUUUUCUAAAUGAUUCCAAUGAGGAGAACGCAAGAAUGCCUGAUUGCCUUAAAAGUAUCAUUGGCGGAACUUACAAGUUCGAGAUCAAGCUCACAAAAUUCAACUUCACUGCUACUCGCCAAACUUUCUCGGUGUCCCGUAUGAUCGAUGGAAACAUCAACAGCCAGACCACAACAGGAAUCGAGAACAUCAAUGUGCAAAAUGCUGAAGGGGAUACUGACCCAGCCAUCGGAAUGCCAAGUACAAACACACACUCAAAAGCCUCGGAGACAACAGAGUACAGUGAAAAAAGGAAAGAGAAGCGUCCCCGUUUGGAAAACUAAUAGCAACUCUCUCAUCUUUCUUCCCAAUUUAGUUUUAUAUCGUCCGUCGUAACAAUAAUUAAGCUUUUCUAAUUUACUUCCCAUUUUAUAUGUAGGCCGUCUUUCGUCCAUUGUUUAUUCUCUUCUAAACUGUUUAGCCUGAAAUAAAAAUGUUUCUUC